GUGUCCGCGCUGGGCGAGGCUCGGCGUCGGGGCGGACGAGGCCGGGGUCCCCGCCGCCGCCGCCCGGACGAACAAUAGUGGGCCGCCAUGGAGGCGCCCUACUCGCUGGGGGUCAGCGUCUUCUCCGACCAGGGCGGCAGGAAGUACAUGGAGGAUGUCACGCAGAUCGUGGUGGAGCCGGAGCGGGAGUCGCGGCGGGACGACGGGCCGUCGCUCCCUGAGGGGAAGCGGGGGGAGGAGAAGAAGGAGGAGGAGGAGGAGGCGCCGCCGCCGCCGCCGCCGGGGCCCAACGCCUCAGGCCCCAACGCCUCAGGCCCCAACGCCUCAGGCCCCAACGCCUCAGACCCCGCCGCCUCGGCGCCUCAGGAAGGGCGGGAGGCCUCGGGCCCUCAGCCCCGCCGGUCCUCGGCGUCGUCGUCGUCGUCGUCGUCGGUGGCCUUCUUCGCCGUGUGCGACGGGCACGGCGGGCGGGAGGCCGCGCAGUUCGCCCGGGACCACCUGUGGGCCUUCAUCAAGAAACAGAAGGGCUUCUGCUCCCGGGAGCCCCACCAGGUCUGCGCCGCCAUCCGCAAGGGCUUCCUCGACUGUCACCUCGCCAUGUGGAAGAAGCUCGCAGAAUGGCCGAAGACCAUGACCGGUCUCCCCAGCACGUCAGGGACGACUGCCAGUGUCGUCAUCAUCCGGGGCACAAAGAUGUAUGUGGCCCACGUGGGAGACUCCGGGGUGGUCAUAGGAGUUCAGGAUGACCCCAAGGAUGACUUCGUCAGAGCCGUGGAAGUGACGCAGGACCACAAACCGGAACUGCCGAAGGAAAGAGAGCGAAUCGAGGGACUUGGCGGAAGCGUGAUUAACAAAUCUGGAGUGAACCGGGUGGUUUGGAAGCGGCCAAGACUCACAAACAACGGACCGGUGCGACGGAGCACGGUCAUCGACCAGAUCCCUUUUCUGGCAGUGGCGCGAGCACUCGGUGAUUUGUGGAGCUAUGACUUCUACAGCGGCGAGUUUGUUGUGUCCCCAGAACCGGAUACCAGCGUUCACACCCUGGAUCCCCAAAAGCACAGAUACAUUAUUCUGGGCAGCGAUGGACUGUGGAACAUGAUCCCCCCUCAGGAUGCCAUCUCCAUGUGCCAGGACCAAGAGGAGAAAAAGUACUUGACGGAAGAACACGGACAGUCGUGUGCUAAAAUGCUGGUGAACAGAGCACUGGGCCGAUGGAGGGAGCGCAUGCUGCGGGCCGAUAACACUAGCGCUAUCGUAAUCUGCAUCUCCCCCGGGAUGGACAAUCAGGGUAGCUCCACAAAUGAAGAGGAGCUCUAUCUGAACCUGGCAGACAGCCUCUCCUUCAACAGUCAGGAUAUGCACGUGGCGUCUCCCUCGCCAUGCUGCACGCCGCCAGUCAAGUUUUUGGAGGAGGAUGCGUGGCCACGCCUCAGCUCGAAGGACCAUCUUCCUGCCCUCGUGAGGAGCGGCGCCUUCUCAGAGAAGUGCUCGGAGCCGCCCGCUGAGGUGGCACCGGGCGGGCACGGCCGAUCUUCAGCGACGUCCGCAAAGGGCCCAGAGACCCCAGAGGAAAGGUGCACCAAACCCGCGACGUGGCGGGUACGGGAUUCCUCGAAGAGCGGCCUGUCGGUUGGCCGGUCCCCUUCAGGGGCCACGAGCCCCAGCACGGACCCAAAAAGCUUCAAGACGUCAACCGGCGGCCACACGAAAGCCCAAGAAGUCGAGCGGACCCCGCCGGGGAACUUCAAAAGGACACUGGAAGAAUCCAACUCCGGGCCUGCCGUGAAGAAGCCAAGGCGCGGCGGGCCGACUCGGAGCGGCGGGGCUCAGCGCGAGAGCCUGUCCGCAACCCCUCAGCGCAAAAACUCGGUCAGGCUGACCAUGCGACGCAGCCUGACCAUGCGACGCAGCCUGAGGGGUCAGAAGAAGCUCGGGAACCCCUUGUUACAACAGCACAGGAAAACGGUCUGCGUGUGCUGAAAGGGCAGCUGGAAAACGAGGGGGUGACCUUUCGAGCCGAGAAAUAUUUUUGAAGUUGGUGCAGGAGUCGGGCGUCCUUUUUUUUGUUUUUGUUUUUUUCUUAAACGCUAGACACCUCCUUUGGGUAUUUCGACAGCUUUAUCCCAUCCUCGCUUGUAUUAUAACUGUGAAUUUGGAAGAUGUGUUUAGGGUCUAAGUCGCUGUAAAAUCGUGUGGACGUUUGUACUCCUUAAUACGAACUGACGCUUGUAUACGGUGAUUGUCGGCACGGGGCUAAAUAUUGUUUAAAAAAGAAAAAUAUUAGAUUUUAGAAAUCUAUCGACUCUUUUUUUAAAAACUCGUUAGUCCUGGACUUGUUAGUCUUGAAUUUGUACAAACCACUUCUGUUGAAAAUUUCAAAACUUUUUAAAUUAUUAAGCAAGACUGGAAAAGUGAUGUAUUUUCAUAGUGACCCGCGGUCCAUUCGAUGUCUCUUAGGAAAUGGUAGUGUCUUUUUAAGAUCAUUUUUUAAUUUGGGGUUUCACAAGUCAGAAGUGAAAUUUACCUGGAAACAGUGCUUACACAGCUUGAUGUCUUUCUCUCAGUUAAAAUACUAUGCAUAAUUCUUCGGUUGCAUUUUGUGAAAUAUUGCUCCUCAGAAGUAACCUGGAAAUCAUUGGGUGUCCGUAGGUUUGUGUGACAAUUCUCCUGUGCUAAGAAGAAAACUUCAUCUUGACCUUUCUAUAGUAUUCUUAUUGCCAAAGCUUAAGGUAAUUACCCCCUUUUAAUGUUUAAUCCUAAAACGUUUAAGGUUUUUCUUGCUAUUCCAUUAACUGACGGUGCUGUUAAUUCCCUUGCAACACAAUUUCUUAAAUUAUUUUCAUUUUACAGUUUUGGUUGAUUCUGUGAGUUAUACGUUAGUUCACCUAAUAAACCAGUGAACUCUU